AUGGCCAAAGACUGGCUGCAAAAGAUCAGCCAAAAGAUGCAAAAUACCAACAAAAAUUGCGAUGAAUCCGAUGCAAAGGAUGACUGCUUGGCUGAUACCGUCGUUGUUGAAUUUUGCAAUGGUCGCUAUGCAAAAGAAGGCUCAGCUUCCUUGUUUCUGGGCCAAACUUACUUUUCAGAGGGAGCAGUACUUCAGCCACAGCAAGCUCGCUGGCCAACAGUUUCGGAACUUAAAGAUCCUGUUGGUACUGCAAACUGCCCGCGUAGUCUACCAUUUCCGAAAGGAGGCUUCUUGGACACAGAAAUGGACUUUGGACGCGGUCUUUCGUCCUCCGACUUCGCGCUUGGUCACAUCCUACCCGUCGACUCUGCAUGUUUGGCCGACGCCUACGAUGAAGAUGACAACACAGACUUGUGCAGUAUUCCAUAUAGGCUCAAAGAGCUGAUUUUAUCCAUUGACGAGACCUGA